AUGCUCUCGCAAGCCGACGCUGCGCGGGUCGCGGUCGUGCGGCUCAAGGCAGCGCACACGUGGCGCGCCGUGCCGCGGACGGCGCGGCUGCUCAGCCCAAAGGACCGCGAGCCCCAGACGGCCGGCCUCGCCGUCUCGAUGUUUGAUCGCGUCUGCGCAAAAGCCGCGCUCGGCGCAGAGAUUAACGUGCCGCUCGACGUCGUCGGCCUCGUGUGCGUCCUCGUUGCGACCAAGUUCCAGGAGGUGCGGGUGCCGGCGAUCGAGGAGCUCGCCAAGAUGGACCUGCCCAAGGGCCGGGCGCCGCGAUCGCGCAUCCUCAUGAAAGAGGCCGAGAUGACCGUCCUCUGCCUGCUCGACUGGGACCUGCACGAGGCGGCGCCGCACCAGUACCUCGAGCACCUCUUCCAGAUCACGGGCGCGCACCAUUACGCCGUCUUCGGCCUGGCGGGGGCGAGCGACUUCGACGAGACCCUCGUACGCAAGGCGUACCGGAAACUCGCUCUCAAACUCCACCCUGACAAAAACCAAGAUCCGGCAGCCAAGCUUGCGUGGGAGCGGCUCUCCAUGGCGAUAGCAACGCUGGUUGACCCGCAACGGCGCCACGCCUACGACAUGGCCUCGGCGCGGCCGGCGCCGAGCCAGUACAACAAGCCCGCUCCAGCGAGGGUUGAUCCCGGCUCCGCAGCGCCGCCGUCGAUCCACUCGACCAGUUGUCCGCACUGCAAGAUGGUUAUCCGCACGACAGUCCCGGCCAACCAUACGGUGGGGCCGCAGGCGUACCAGUUGCAAUGCCCGCAGUGCAAGUCGCUCAUGAAGAUCGAGAUUCCGCCCGUCCCACGCCAGCACGCCGCGCCGUCCGCUAAGUGGGAGGCGGACAGGGCCAAGCAGAAGAAGGCGGACGCAAAGGCGGUGCAGGCGCUCAAGUCGCGGCUCGAGAGUCGGCGCAGGGCGGCGCGGGAGAGCCGCGCCGACGAGCGGCGCAAGCUUCGCUCGGCGGAGGAGGAGCGGCACGCGCGGCAAAGGCGAGCGGAGUUGGAGGCCCUCCUUGCCAAGCAAAAGGAGGCACAGCAGCGGAAGGCGCAGUACUACGGCAUCGGCGACGACGGCAAGAUGGGCGAGUGCCACCACUGCAAGGACGGCGGCGAGCUGCUCUGCUGCGACCGCUGCCCGAAGGUCUUCCACUUUGAGUGCCUCGUCCCGCCGAUGCGCGAAGAGGACCUCCCCGAGGGAAAAGCGGGCCUGGGGGAUCGCCGCGCUCCACGGCCCUCGCUGAUCCCGCUCCGGGCCUCGCUGUGUAGGGGAGUGGCUCUGCGAGCCAAGCCCCCGGCGCCGGGAGCUACGGCCACUCGGCCCGCGGGCCAGCCUUUGCGGGUGGGCGACGCGUGCGAGGCGAGCCGGCAGCGCAGCAAGGUUCCGGCGGUGCGCGUCGCGUUGCAGACCGGCGGCCCGCUUCGGGUGUGCCACAUCGCCAGCUGCGACGUUGCCGGGCUGCAGCCGGGCGCGCUCCACGCGCGGAUCCUCACCUCGCACACGAGUGACAUGCUGCUGCCCGCCGAGCUGAGGGGCAAGGCGUGGCAGCCGCUCGAGGAGUGCCGCAUCCGCGUCGCCCCACGGGCGGCGCCUCCAGGGAGCGGUGGCUCGGGCCAGGCCGGCUUCGAGGGUGCAAUCGUGUCGCUCGACGCGCUCGAGCUCGGCGUGCAGGUCGCGGUCACCGGGGCGGCGGGCCUGGAGUGGGUCUCGCUGCUGCGGGACGGGUGGGUGUGGGCCGACGCAGAGGCGCGCCCGUCAUGUUCCUCCAUCUCCGAGGCGGCCAGCCGGCGCUCCGAGCACCCGCCUCGCUUGGCAGACGCCGCCGCGGAGCCGUGGCGCGCCGCGAGAGUGACGAGGGUGCACGCGGACGGUGCGUGCGACGUGGCGUACGAGGGCGGCGGGAGAGAGGAGAGGGUACCUCCCACCUCCCUGCGUCGCAUCGACGCGGCCGGCAGCGGCUCUUCCACGGCCCGUGGGGCGGCCAGCAGGGGGUCGGCCGGCGAAGGGGCGGCCGGCGAAGGGGCGGCCGGCGUGGCGGGAGUCAAGCGGGGCUCCGAUGGCGUGCCCAAGCGGCCUGGGUUCGUAGAUCUGACCCAGGGAGAUGGGCCGUCGGCCGGAGCGGCGACAGCGGCGUCCCUCGCGUCACUGCGGUCGGCGCUAGGGGCCGAGGAGGCGGCGCUGGCGGCGGCGUGCAGCGCGACCUCCCAGAAGCAGGCCCGCGCUAGCAAGGCCGCGGCGGAGGCGCGGAGUCUGAGCGAGCAGGCGCGGGCGGCGGCAGAGCAAGCGCGGCUCGCGGCAGAACGCGCGCGGAAGACAGCGGCGCUCGCGAAGGAGGCGGAGGCAGCAGAAGCUGUGGCGAAGGAGGAGGCUCAGGCGGCGCAAGCGCAGGAGAUCAAGAGCGCGUUGGUAGAGCGCCGCGUCGACCACGUCGGGUGCGUCGAAAAGCACGAGCUCGUUGCUCUGCUCCACCAAAGUGUGAGCGCCGCGGGCUCGUCGGCAGCGACUGCUGCGCCAGCCGAGGCGGCGGCCCCGAGCCCGAGCGCCACCGCUGGCGACAUCGAGGCGGCGCGAGCGGCCGCAGUGGAUAUCAUGGGCUCAGGCUUCGUCGAGGACCUCGACUGA